AGUCGAGCUCAUGUGACACUCUCAUAGUAGGAGUUCAGUUGGGAAGACAAUUUUUGCAGACGUUUCUCUGAUAGUAGAAAAUUUUUAAAAAUGGGAGCUUCUGUGGUGGCUGUGCUCGUCUUUACAAUCUUGUGGGGUGUAGUGGGCAUUGUUCUGCCAUUUUUCGUUCCCAAGGGUCCAAAUCGCGGAAUCCUACAAUUGAUAUUGAUAUUAACAGCAUUUACUUGUUGGUCAUUCUGGUUGUGCUGUUACAUGGCUCAAAUGAACCCAUUCUUUGGACCGAAGUUGGAGCGUAAGACAAUUUUAAUGAUGGCUCGUGAAUGGGGAAAUCCUAUCGCGCCCUAAAUACACAAGCAUCGUAUGGAUACUCUUGUAAAUAAACAAAAUGCAGAAAUAAAUUCUAGCUAAUAAUUCCCUUAAAGAGUCAAGUUAAAGUGAACUAUGAUUAUAAUAUAUAGUGUAGAAGUAUUAAUUAAUGGUGUAUCAUAUGAAAUGGGUUAAGGUCACGUUCUGUUUGUAAAAUGUAAGAAUUUUUAUUUUCCAAGUUCAGAUAUAUUUUGAACUAAAGUAUAUUUUGCAAAUUAUACCAUUAUGUCACGAAGGAAAGAUUCCAAAAAUUCUUACAAAAUUUCUAUUUAUUAAAACAGAGGGACCUGCUGCUAUGGUUAUAUUGUUAUACUGUUGCAUAUCUUAAUUGAGCAGUCGGUAGCUGAAUUUACUGUACCAAUAACUCGUAUAGAAUUAAAGAUACUGAAAACCUGA